AUUAGUCGUUAUUCGACGGUCAGCGCGCAAGGUCGUUUUCGCGAGCGAAAUACGUGACAUUCGCGUUGAGAUUGCGCCGAAAUUGCGAGGUAAGGUCGACGACGAGGAGGAUGACGCACGAGGCGUCGUAUCCGCGAGAUGGAAUCGCGCUGACGCACAAUCGCCAGUGAUACCUCCACCGGAGAGCGAGAUACACGUAUUCCUUCUGAUUCCUCAGCGUGCUCGUCGGAGGGCAAUAGACCGGGCCUGUCGGUAGGAAAAUGGCGGCGCAUCUUUCGCGACGGAGACGUCGCACCAUGGCGACGAGCAUCUGAAGAAUCGCCAUAAUACGCGGAAUAACCAUCCCCGGGAUCACCGUUCUCCCCGUUCGUUCACCCGGCAUAAUUGACAUAAUUCCGGCGUCCCUCGAGGCCUCUAAUCAGACUGACGUUGGUUGCGGGCGAUGCGAACAGACGGCCCCGUAAAACGCUAAACCGUGAACGACAGGCUCGGGAAGACGCGAGGUGCGUGUGGCGCGGUUGGAAGCCGCGUUCGAUCCCGGAGAGCAAGUGGCUCUUAUGCGAGUGAGCGCCGCGCGUCAACGGCACCGACAGUGGCAAGAACCGCGGUGACAAGUGUCACGCCGGCGGGGCGACUCCUCGCCUCAUCCCCGGGCGGCGAUCGCCGGAGGAUGAUACCGCGAUCGACGCCAGCGGUCGGCGCCGUCCGCGUGUCACGCGCACGACUUGCGAUUGUCAGUCGCGACCGGCGUUGAUCUGUCGUGAUCGGCGACGAUCGGCACCGGCGGUGUCGCGGGGACGACGAUCCCCCCGCGGAUCCGCGACGGCGGACAGCACGGAUCAUCACGGCGGACCACCGGCUGUGGAAGCUCAGGGAAGAUGAGAGGCGUCCGCGACGGCGGCAUGGCGAGCCUCCUCGCCCUGGCUCUCCUCUGCCUCUUCUACGCAUCGUACUCUGUCAACGGAGUAUUACUCAAGUGCUUUUGUGACAUUUGCCCAGGCGACAAUUACACGUGCGAAACUGAUGGCUAUUGUUUCGCCAGUACAAGCUUGGAAAAUGGCGUCAUCACGUAUGCUAGGAGGUGUUACAAUAAGACGAACUUCUUUCCGGACAAUACAUUCUCGAUCUGGUGCACCACGAACAGUACGCUGCGCGGUCCAGAUGGCACCGAAUUCGUGAUCGCCUGUUGUGAUCAUUCCGACUACUGCAAUCGCGAUCUAAGGCCUUUCUUUUCUACUCACGAGUCCAGAGAUCGACCGUAUUCUCGCUUCAUGAGCCACCUCAAAGGAGUGUCGUCGGACGAUGACGACGCGACGUGGGUCACCUGGAAAAUGGCCUUGACGAUAGCACUGCCAAUAUGCGCGAUCUGCGUGAUCGUUAUGGUCAUCUAUCAUAUACACAUGACCAAAAAGAGACCGGCCAGGCACUUCCCGGACGAUUCGCUGGAGGCUCCGGACCGGCCGAUUUUGGGCGGCGUCACCAUCAGGGAUAUGUUGGAAAUGACUACCAGCGGCAGCGGCUCGGUAGGCCUGCCGCUUCUGGUACAACGGAGCAUAGCGCGCCAGAUUCAGCUCGUAGAGACGAUCGGAAAGGGUCGCUUUGGCGAGGUUUGGCGCGGUCGUUGGCGCGGCGAAAACGUCGCUGUGAAAAUCUUCAGUUCGCGCGAGGAGAGGUCCUGGUUUCGGGAAGCGGAGAUCUAUCAAACGGUGAUGUUGAGGCACGACAACAUUCUAGGUUUCAUCGCUGCCGAUAACAAAGAUAACGGUACGUGGACACAGUUGUGGCUGAUAACAGAUUAUCACGAGAAGGGUUCGCUCUUCGAUUACCUCAACAGAUCAACCGUCGACACGAACGGUAUGAUAAGGAUGGCCUUGUCAAUCGCUACCGGCUUGGCGCAUCUUCAUAUGGAAAUAGUCGGCACGCAAGGCAAGCCGGCAAUCGCUCAUCGGGACCUGAAGUCAAAAAAUAUCCUUGUGAAGACCAAUGGUACCUGCGCCAUAGGCGAUCUCGGAUUAGCUGUCAGGCAUGACGUAAUCACGGAUACCGUCGACAUUCAGCUCAACAACAGAGUCGGCACGAAGCGAUACAUGGCACCUGAGGUUCUUGAAGAGACGAUAAACAUGAACCACUUCGACUCGUUCAAGAGGGCCGAUGUGUACGCGCUCGGCCUGAUCCUUUGGGAGAUCGCUAGGCGUUGCAACGUCGGCGGGAUUCACGAUGAGUAUCAGCUGCCCUUUUACGAUUUGGUGCCUUCCGAUCCAACUAUCGAGGAAAUGCGGAAAGUCGUGUGUAUGGACCGACAACGGCCGUCGAUUCCGAAUCGAUGGCAGUCAAUCGAAGCAUUGCAGGUAAUGUCGAAGGUAAUGAAGGAAUGUUGGUAUCAUAACGCCGCUGCCAGACUGACCGCACUCAGGAUCAAGAAAUCGCUCGCUAAUUAUGGCGCAAUGGAGGACCUGAAGUAGAUUAAGCUUUCGCCGAACUCUUCGAUAGAAGAGUUACUAAAAAUCGAUUGGUAUAUAUGUGCGAAAAAUUUCGAUUGAUAUGUUGCUGUCGGAAAAUUCGAUGCAAUAGAAUAGAAUUUUCGAUAGUGUGAAGAGAUAUUCUCCGAGAGUUAGUUCGAGGAAGAAAGACCGACUAGUAAUUAUGGGAUUCCUUUAUGCGAGAUUGAUCUCGAUUUUCGAGUAAGAAUAUUGUACGAAUAUGAUUAGUGAUCAAGUUGGACUCUCUGUGGCAAGUUAUGAGCAGAGAAAAUAAAACGAAUUUUCAAGCGUGUUGGUCGAUUUGAACGAUUGAUAGCGUACAAAAAAUAAGAAAAAAAAACAUGAUUAUUUUAAUCCCGAUGAUCAAUUACUCGAGCGAAUGGAUCGAUAAGAAAAUCGUUCGGUUAGUCGAACGAUCAUUCGGUUAUGCAUCGCACAAAUUUACACGCGCAAACACAUAUGCACGCACACUUUGCUGCAUAUUUAUUAUACACAAUGAUACUAUUGAAAUAUUAAAUAAUGAAGUAUACAAAUUGAUUAUAUAGCAAUG